UGAUUUCUGACCAAUCAUCUUUUAUCUACAGAACAAUUCAGUACCGUCGUCCUGUAAUGUCGCCGCUGGCAGCGCUCGUGCUGCUGUGCGCGACGCUGCAGACUGCGUCCUCCAUUGACGUGCCCGUGGAUACAAACUUUGAGUUUACGGGCCUCCACUCCGAUUUCGCCCAGCAAUAUUACGUGCUCAACGCUGAGUUGGACGACACCGCGCAGCUCUCGGACUUCAGCGGAGAUGUACUACCCAGCGCGCUACAGCAGCAGCUCAGUACCAAUUCACUCUCAUGGGGUGACUUACCCGGCCUCCUGCAGCGUGCCUUCCUUUGGGACGCUGGCUACGUAUUAACGCCCACACACACACUGGCCAAAGUCUAUACACGAUGCGGUCGGUCCAUGGCAGAGCUGGUGGUGCCUCCCAAGGCCUUUGAGCGCGCCGGUUGUCAACUACGAGAGUGCGUACUACCAGACGGAACGAUCUUUCACCGGUCACUUAACUGCAAGGCCUCGCAGCUCUCCAGAGCGGUCCAGUGUGCUGUAGACGCUGCUGAAGACAUCUCGGCACCGGCGUAUGCCGCAGUCUGGGGAGACGGUGGAGAAGCGGAUACUCUACCUGAAGUGACAGUACAACGUCACGCCUACAUGGACUCAGACGGGAAGCCCAAUCUGAUCUUUGCACUGCACACGACGGACUAUGAAGUCGCUUACACUCAGUGUCCUUUGACUCCGGCAAUGGUGAUCCCUUGUGCGCCGUACAAUUUAGUUAACCAGUCCAAGUUCUGCUCUCCACAGCCUGGUGAAGUGGCGUCUGCGUGGCUUACCAAGUACGCAGCAGAUCACAAACAGGACAAGACGUGGCUGCUAGUGCCUCUAUGCAUCGUCACUUUCGUAACAUUCGGCACAGUUGCUGUAUACCGCUACAAGUCAGCAUUACGUGACGAAGCACGACGAGAAGUGGAUCUGUUUAUGCGUGAGAAUCGCCAUUUGUUUGAUAACGGAGCAGUGGAGGCCUUCCUGGUGCCUAAACGCAAAGGCAAGAGCCGUUCUCGAAGCUCUCACACAACAGGAACUAGUCGACAAAACCGAUCUUCGUCCUACUCAUCAUCGUCCAGUCUAGACAGUGAUGACAGUGCGUACAGCUCUCGAGACUCCGCUCUCAAUGUAUCACAAACGUCGUUGAGUUAUGACGAAGGAGUUUCGAAUGCAGCGGCGUUCGAGCAUUUUGACGCGACUAUCGGCUUGUCAGCGUCUGCUUUUGACCCGUUAGCCUCCAACGCACGCCUGAAUCCGCUGCAAAAUGACACAGAAACGCCCGUACCAGUGGAAGAUAAAGGAGGUUUACCCGACGAUGCUACAGCUCGAAAGAAUGAGAUGGCCAUCCGAAGCUUCCGUCUGUUUGAGUCUCACCGCAAGAUCCGUCGUCUACGUGUUCCAAUGGGCGAACUGCAACUGCUUCGACCGCUGUCUCGGGGCACAACGGGUGAAAUUUGGCUUGCACUGCACAGUAACAGCCAGGUCGCACUCAAGCAACUGGUGCCGGAAAAGCGUCGCUUGUUGCAUGAAAUGGAGAUGUUUCUUGCCGAAAUCUACCUCAUGGCGCAGUUGAAACAUCCUCACAUUGUGACUUUAAAUGGUAUCGCGUGGAACACAUUGGAGCACGUGGUCAUGGUGCAGGAAUUCAUGGAAGGUGGCGACUUGCAGCAUUUUCUAGCGCAGCAAAAUGUCAGUAAAGCCACCUCAACAGCUCCGAUAAGUUCGGGGAACACGAUUGUAAGACGCUCUAGUUCAGUAUCCGGGGGAUUACCGCAGGUGGACGAAGCUGUGGCCGUUGCAGCGACAUCCUCGGGCUCGUUUGCUGGCGGUCUUGGAGCUGCUGCUGGCGGGUUGAUUCACUCGGUACAUUCCAGUCACUUCACAUGGUCCAAGCAGAAACUGGCAAUCGCUCAGGCUGUCACGAGUGCAUUGGCCUAUUUGCACGCUUUAACGCCCAUGGUGUUGCAUCGGGAUGUCAAGUCACGCAACGUGUUGCUCUCUUCCUCUUUGGAUGCCAAACUGUGUGACUUUGGCAUUAGUCGACGCAAAUGUAGCGGUACCGAUGACGAAACAAACCUCACUGCGACAGCAGCAGCUGGGACUUUAUCGUGGACUGCACCAGAAUUGCUACUGGGGGAGGAGUAUACCGAGAAAGUGGAUAUUUACUCGCUUGGUGUACUUCUAAGUGAAUUGGACACGUGUACUCUACCGUAUCACGAUCCAAAUUCUCUUUCUGAACGACUGGUACAACACCCUCUGCGCUUGAUGCGGCGCAUUAUCGAUGACGGACUUCGUCCACAGCUCUCGCCUGACUGUCCGUUGCCAAUUACGCAUUUGAUCGCAGCAUGUGUGUCGCGCAACCCGAAGCUACGCCCGAGUGCUGCCGAUGUAGGAGCCUGGUUGGCCAGUGCGAGAGGCGAGCGACUGCUUCGCAAAAGUUCCAGUGUAUUGAUAUCCUAGGUAGAUGAACUGAGUAUUAACGUGUAGCGUAGUGUGCAAAGUAUUGAAACAUGUUUAUUUUGGAGCUUGUCGCUCUGUCGUAUUGCUUGGAAA